GGCGGCCCAGCAUGGAGCCGAUGAGGAUAUUCUGCAAGGGGAACACAACCUUGAACAUGGCCGUCCGUGGCGAUAAGGUGAUUCUCGUCCGUGCCGACUCCAACGACAAAUCCCAGCACUGGUUCCAGGACCACGACGCCGUCGGGAAGCUGACCGAUGACCAGGGCCGCAGGGCAUUUGCUCUGGUGAAUAGAACUACGGGACAAGCCAUGGUGAACAGAAACAACGUGGUGCGGCUGGCUCCCUACAGCGGCGAUGUAGCCGUGGAGCUCUCGAUGCUGUGGUCGUUGGGCGUGCAACUCCCCGGCGGCUUUGCCGAAAUAAGAACGCUCAAAGACAUCUCCCAGACCCUCAACGGGAUAAACGGAUAUGUCAAGGAAGGAACGGUCGUAGGGAUGUAUAAUUCAGAGCCACAUUCUGUAAAUGCCAUCUGGAAGAUUUAUCCCAUCAUCAACGAGUGAUACACGUAUGUACUCUUCGCACUAAAUGUGAUUUCUUCCGCCAAAACUCGUAGUGCCAUUUUCGGAUUUGGUUUCAUCGACAUGCCCGCGCGGU